AUGUUCGCCGGCCGUGUCGCAGCUCGGUCGCUCCGAGUGGCAGCUCCUCGAUUCCAGGUCGCGGCCACGCGCACCUUCGCCGAGGCCGCAAAGCCUGUCUCCAACACCAAGCCUCCUAUCGAGCUCUUCGGCGUCGAUGGCACCUACGCCUCCGCUCUGGUAUGCCAGUGACAAUCCGCAGAAGAUGCAGAUGGAACAAGACCAGUCACUAACCCAGCCAUUGGCAGUACACCGCCGCCGCCAAGUCCUCUAGCCUCGACAGCGUCUCCAAGGCCAUCGAGAGCCUCACCCAGACCUUCAAGAACGAUGCCCGCCUCCAGACCAUCCUGAGCUCUCCCACGCUUACCGCCGAUGACAAGAAGCAGAUCGUCGCCGAGAUUCAAAAGACGACCAAUGUCCAGGACAAGACCAUCGGCAACUUCCUGAACACUCUGGCCGAGAACAACCGCCUCAGCGUUCUGGAAGGUGUGUGCGAGAAGUUUGCGCAGUUGAUCAGCGCUUCGAGGGGUGAGGUGGAGAUGACCAUCACCUCUGCUGCGCCGUUGGACAACAAGAUCGUGAAGCAGCUCGAGGCUGCGGUCAGCAAAAGCCAGUAUGUCGGUGCGAACAAGAAGCUGAAGGUUGUGCCCAAGGUAUGUUAAGAUACAUCAUUACAUUCUCAUCGCCUACUGAUUGACUGUCUACAGGUCAACCCAGACAUCCGUGGCGGUCUCGUUGUCGAGAUUGGCGACCGUACGAUCGACCUCAGCGUUUCCUCUAAGAUGGCCAAAAUGAACAAGCUCCUCCAAGAAGCCCUGUAA